AUGAAAUAAAGAAAAGUGUAGACACCUUAAGAGAUUAUCGCUUUUCUUCGAUCUUUCAAAAAUUAUAUUAGAAAACCCUAUUCUAUGAGUCCUUAGAGUCGAUGCCAAACAAAUGUUUAGACAGCCAAAAAGAUGAUGAGGAAUGAUCAUCUACUGAAAUCUCCAACUGAAAGAUAAUAAAAUAAUGAAUUUGUUUGCGAGGGUAUUGAGAAAAAGGUCGAAAGUCUGGCUAUUUAGAUUAAGGAUUUGUAGACGAAGUAGGAACAAUUAGAGAAUUAGCAUUAUUAAUUGAGCAUGAGUGUAAAGAAAUUAACUUAAGACAAAAAGCACUAAUUACAAGUAAGAGGGAGCAAACAUAAUUUUAGGAGCGAAGUUAGAUGA